AAAAGCUAAAAAAGAGAACAACCAUCCAAUUUCUAAAAUUAAAUUAUGCAAAUUAUCAAAAACAAAACAAUUUGCACAAAAUCGAAAAUGUGAAUGUCUGAAGUGUCGCCAAUAGUACGAACUAUGCAAACACCAAUCGCGGGCUUCGGGUGCGCUAGAAACGAAUAAAUAAAGGGAAAAAAUCAACAAUGGCUUACAUAAAUGUCGCAGAAUGGACGCCCGAUCAAGUGACAGAUUGGCUCAAAGGACUUGAUGAUUCUAUGUACAACUAUGUCUACUCAUUCACGAACAACGAAGUUGGUGGUCAGCAAUUGCUCAAUAUUCGGCCAUAUGAAUUGGAGCAAUUGGGUAUGGUUUCGAUAGGACAUCAGGAGAUAGUGCUGGAAGCUGUAGAGAACCUUAGGAAUUUUCAUUAUAAUUUAGACAAAGAGAAUUUGCAAUUUUUAGCCCUGCAUAUGGCAACAGCGGCGCGCAAUCUUUACCGGCAAUUGGCAACACACUGUGAUAAUUCAAAAAUAGAAACUCAAAUUCUAAAUGAUAUUACAAGGACAAUAGCGACAAUCAAGCCAAUUAUCAGUUGGCUAGAUCGAGCACCGUUUCAUGGGCAUUUGCAAUUCAACGAGAUCCGCAAGAAUAUGCUAAAACUCGGCCUUGAAAUGGCGACGAGCGCUCAACGUGAUCGUUUUGUGGAGAAUCCUGCCGAACAGAUAAAAACAACUGCCGAAACGCUCGCUAAACUAGGUGAUUAUAUAAUUCAGGACAUCACAGAUCCGAUGCUCCUUCAGCCGGCUUCGUUGAGUUUGGUCACUCUAAAGAAACGUGAAUCCGAGUUGGGCUUCAAUAUCGAACCGAGCUAUCAUGGGAUUCAUAAGGUUAUAGAAAUUAAAUACAAUUCACCGGCUCAUAAUUCGGGGAAGAUCGAGGACGGGGACGAGAUAGUUCAGAUAAACUAUCAGACUGUGGUGGGGUGGCAAUACAAGACCGUGAUUAUGCAACUGCGGGAAUCACUGCCGGAUGUGCUGCUCACGUUGAAGAAGCGACCCAAACACACAAAGAUCUACGGGCAGAUAUACAUGCAGCCCUAUCGGCUGCCGAGCAAAAAGCGUGCAAUGGGAACUCGUUGGGGCGAGAACCUGCCCAGUCCGAGGGCUGGCUUCCUGGCGGUGCCGGAAUUCAAUUUGCCGUUGAAGAUAAGCGAAAAGACUGAUCCUUCCGAUACGGAUUCCAGUUGCAGUGAUAUUCUGACUCCGACGGAUUCGAAAUCUGUGGAGAAGGAGAUUCGACUGUACUAUCCCAAGCCUCGGGCGGUACUCCAGCGGCGGAACACAAUCUGCGGUGACGAAUUGUAUUCGUUGAAGAAUGUGAGUGGAGCUCCGCUGUGGCACGAGCGGAAGAAUGGUGCUCAGAACGGGGAUCCAUCGUCGCCGAGUUUGAGAGACAAAUCGGUUUCUUUUGGCUUCGGCCUCGAGAUAGCUCCUCGCCCAACCACAUGUCUGGGGAUUGCAAAUGGCAAGCUCAUUGGGAGUUUUUCUCAGGAACUCAAGUUGGGGGUGAGUGGAGGAGACUCGAAGAAGUGCGGAAGCGAAGAGAAGUCAAAGCCGGGAGUGAGUAAAGUCGUUCGGUUCGAUGCGAAUAUGAAGUACGAGGACUAUCCCGUGGACCAGAAGUACACGUGCAAUGUGGAGAACACCAUCCUGGAGACGUUUGAACCGAUUCCCUUCGUGGACGAAGAAGAUGCCUCGCCGACUGUGAGUGUUGUCGAAGUGGCACCUUCGGAUGUGAGUCCCAGCGGAAGCAAAGAGGAACUGACACCGACACCAACGCCAGCACCCACUCCGACUCCAACGACGCUACCACCCCUGCUAAUGAAGGAGCCACUCAUACAGGCUAUAAACCACGUGACGAUCGCCAGACGUGGAAGAUUGGACAAGAGCCACAGCACCCCAGCGUAUGACAACUCAGGCGAGGAGUCCGAUACUCCUCCGGCAAUAGAGCCCCGCAAGGAGUUCAUCCUCACAACACCACCAGCGCCGCCUCCGCGACCGAAGAAACCCAAUGAAGCAGCGCCUCUGGUUGUGCCGCCUCCACCACCAAAACCAGCGAGUCUGAUGCCGCCGGAGAAGGUGCCGCCAAAGCCAGUGGUUGAAUCAGUGGUGGUGAUUCCUCCCUCGCCUAUUGCCGAGGAAUCGGAAUUGCACACACCCACCAAAACGAAGACUCUGACGCUCAAAAAGAAGAAUAGUCUGAUCGCCAAGCGCCGAAAAAUAAGUCUCAAAAUUCUCGGCACAGGUGACAUCCAGGGACAUUUGUACAGGCGGACCAAAGACAAGAGAGGCGUCACGUUCUGGGCCAAACUCUACUUCGUUUUAAUGGAUACUAAUCUGUACGGGUUCCGCACAAAGGAGUCAGCGAAGGCGAAUUGUUUUGUCUAUCUUCCUGGAUUCACUGUAUCCCUAGCUAAGGAAGUUCAUUCAAAACCGUACGCUUUCAAAGUCUACCAUCCAUCGAAAACGUUCUAUUUCGCUGCGGAAUCCUUGGAGGCACUCAACCAAUGGAUGGACUUUAUACGUCAAGCCACCUUGCAGCAGCAAAAAGUGGGGAUGCAGUCGAAUGACUCGGAUGUUCCAUCAAAAGAGCUUUUUUCGGAGACCGAAAGUUCCGGCGAUGAGAGUGAUUCGCUGAGCAAAAGUCUCUGCACCCCGUCGCCCAGCAGUGGAAGCAAAGAUUUUGUAGGGUCAAAAAACUUCCAGCACCAGACACCAACAACAAGCGUUAAGCACGACAAGAAAUACCUUGGCUCUCUGAGGAAAUUCACCAAAAGCUCGUUGCCCUUCAAGAGCAGCAGCAGCAGUGGCGAUAAAAAGCCAUCCAGUGACAUUCCAGUGCCGACAGAGCAAUAUCGUAGCUAUCGCAAGGUGCCUGGUGGAAGUUUCGGAAUUCAAAUCGGAGCCAACACUCCCGGCUAUACAGAUCCCAAUAAUCUGCAUCCAUUCCAGAAUAAUCCCUCUCCCGAGCACAACAGCGUGAGUGCACAACCCACUCAGCCACCCAGUUUGCCCACGAAAACCAACCUCUCGGCAAGUCGCAGUUCGGUUAGUGAGAGCAGCGUCCGGCCAUCAGUGGCGUCAUCAUCAUCGGCAGCACUAGAGAGAGAAAGUCGGCAUAUGGAUCAAGAAAGUCCUCCUAGUCUCAUCUCGAAAAGUUACUCAAUCGAGAGUGGGAGCAAGAUGGUGAAGAAGACAUUUCCCUACAACUACAUCCACGCCUCCAACCCGAAUCUGGUAGAAUUCGACUUCCAAACGUCGAAAACUUUGGACUACUCGCUGCCAAAGAUCAACCCUGGCAAUUCUUGGGAUGCUCCUCACAACCUGCAGGUUUUUCUCACCCUCAAAGACUUGAUGCUGCAGAAGCAGAAGGAGGAAGCCCAGGAGAUGUACAACAACCGUGUUCUGCUGGGAGUGGAGAAACAGGACGACCGUAAUGGAAAAAUCGCCCAUCUCAAGGGCGGAAAGCCAGGCGGCGGCGACAAUCAGCAGCCCGGGGAAACCGGCAAACUCUCCAAAAUCCAGAGUCGCAGUCUGCCCAAAACCCCCGACUACGAGAUGAGCUUCAAGCCCGACGACGAAGACAUCAAGCGCACCCGCACAAAAGAGGGCCUCAAGCUGCGUGACUUCGGCUACGAACUGAUAUCGGGCGACGAACCCAUCUGUGACAAUCGCGCCAAUAGAACUCCCUCGGACCUGAUGCGCCUGCAAGAAUUGAGACUGCAAAAACUCCAACAGAUGCAAAAUGCCGCGGUAAAAGCGAAAAAGCAGCAUUCCAGCACCAGUGAGAGUGACAAAUCGACCAGCCAUCGAGGAGGAAGCUUCAAAAAGACAAAAGGCAAACUAGAAGCCUUCAAGACAUCGAGUGAGCGGUUAUUUCAGUUCAAACAUUCGAGCAAUGAACCGAAAGGUCUGACGACGUCAAUGACGCUGCCACUGAACAAGAAAUCCUCACAUAUGUACAAUAGUCAGGGCAAAGUUGAUCAAGGUGGAUCGCCAAGUAGUUGUGGCAGCGGCGGUGGCAUCAAGAAGAGUCACACCUACAACAAUGAAUUCAAGGACAAAAAGUACGAGGCACCCCGCAAAAACUCCGCCCCAAUGCCGAUUCUGUCGAAGUUGAGUUUUACAUCGAGCAAGACGGCAAAGGAGAGGAAGCUACUCGGCUCGCCGAGGCUGCAUCGAGCUAUAUUUGGUGGACGGAAUGCAAUGGGAAGCAAUAACUCAUCUCAGGACUAUGAACAUGAGAUCUUUUCACCAGUGGAGUUUAGUAAUAAGCCAUAUCCAGGGCCAUCGACUUCUGUGGAUCAUGCUGUAGCAGCAGCAGCUCCCCUGCCACCGCUCAUCCUACCAGACAAGCCCACACCAUCGAGUUCCGCAGUAUUAGUUUCUCCAGAGUACCCCAACAUGGAGUGUCCACCGGUAUUCGAACCAGAGACAUAUUCCCUGAGCGAUCCCAACGCCAGCUUGACGCUCCUCCGCAGACGGAACAAUGCAGAAGAGCCCUAAGCUCUGAUCUGUAGCUUUGUCUACGGAAUCAGAUCUCUAUUUUUGUCAUCCCUCAAAGCCAAAUGA